AUGGCCACGUCAAGUCCCAAGGCAACCCUCAAGAUCCUCAUGCUCCACGGCUACACCCAAUCCGGCCAUCUCUUCGCAAUCAAAACCAAAGCCCUGAAAAAGUCCCUCGAAAAAGCCUUUCCCGCCGCUCCUAAGCCCGGUCACCUCACCCAAUAUCCAGGUGGAGUCGAACUCGUCUACCCUACCGGUCCCCUCAAACUCAAUCCCGCCGAACUUCCCGGCGCAGAUCUGGACGGUGCGGCAGAUGAUACAGAUUCAGAAGCGUAUGGCUGGUGGCGACGGAAAGAUGUAGGACCCGGUUCGGAACCUCUCUACGCCGACUUGGACUCGGGACUGAGGGUCAUCGCCGAGACUUUGAAGAACGAUGGACCGUUCGCUGGCGUCAUCGGGUUCUCGCAAGGCGGAGCGGCGGCAGCGUUGGUCGCAAGUCUACUUGACGAAGGAAGGGUGGAAGCUUUCCAACGACUUGAGAAAAGCGGUAGCGGGAUGCCCUACCCACCGGAAUUCCUCGACCCCAGCACAGGCAAGCAAAUCCAUCCACCAUUGAAGUUCGCGGCGAGUUACUCCGGUUUUCGACCCGGACAUCCACAGUACGAAGCAUUUUUCACGCCGAAGAUUCAGACGCGGAUGUGUCACUUUGUCGGCAGCGUAGAUACGGUUGUAUCCGAGGAGAGGGUGCUUGCGCUGGCGAAGGGAUCGGAAGAGGGAAAGGGGAGGGUGGUGUAUCAUCCGGGAGGCCACUUUUUGCCGGCGAGUCAGAAGCAGACUGUGGCGGCUUUGAUUGGGUUUGUGAGGGAGGUUGUUGAGGGAGGGGGUGGGGAUGCGAAGGAGGAGGAGGAGAGGGCAGAGGAUAUGGAGUUGCCUUUUUGA